AUCUGACACCAAGCACUUACAGUGUACAGAUUCGAGCAAACAUCAGUGGAUCUAUGAAAAGACAACCUCUCAGUUCUACAGCAGCCCCCCCUCCCAUUUCGUCUGAUUCAGACUCGCUGGCACACUGUACCGGAGACCGCACUCGCUACUCAAUGGACACGUGGAGUGUAUUAAGUUCUUUCGGGCGCUGAUUUUUUUUUUAACAGUUUUACUUUCCUCACCCCCCUCUCCCCGCUGCUCAACUCAGGGCUCCCACGAUUUAAAAUAAAGCAGGGAUCAUGGACAACAGUCUUCGUCGUUUGAAGCAAGAAUUGCAGUCCAUGAAGGAAGCAGGAGAUGGCCUUCAGGAUCAGAUGAACAGUAUGAUGGGCGCCCUGCAGGAACUGAAACUUCUCCAGGUGCAGACAGCUUUGGAACAGCUGGAGAUUUCAGGACUGCACAACCAGCCUCCGCAUCUCAUCCAUCACCAACCACGGUUGAAAACUGGGAAGGAGGAAUCCAAGGUCAGGCAGCGUUGGCUGGGCAGCAGACUGGAGGGGAAGUCCAGCCAUCCCGGUAUCAGUGGCGCCAUCCCGUCUCCAAGCGUGGCCUCCCCUGGGCUGGUGGUGGACAUGCCCGCUAGUAGCUGGUCAGAGGGUUAUCCAAAAGAGGUUCCCCAUCAGGAGGUACAGAGGCCAGCAACAUCGUCCAUGGCUUCCGACUGUCUCAAGGAUGGAGCAGAUACAACCAGAGUGGACCUUGGGCCGGGGAGAGACCUGGCGGCCACAGCAACGGAGGUCCAUCGGCCUCCCGCAGCCAGCAAAAUACUAGGUGGUGGGCCGACCCAGGCCAGUGAUGGAUCCAAUGACUGGACCUCCUCUCUGCUCUCCCAGAGCAGGAACAGGCAACCUCUCAUUCUGGGAGACAAUGUCUUCGCCGACCUGGUGGGCAACUGGUUGGACCUGCCCGAACUGGAGAAGAUGUCCCAGGCCGCCCCGGCUCGGCGAGACCACCUCCCCCUCCUCACCAAGUCCCAGGAGUUCCAGAAGAAGCUGACCCUCACGGCCAACAUCUUCAAGAAGCUGCUGAGGAGCGUGCGGCCGGACAAGGUGAAGCGAGCCCAGGCGCCGCCGCCCGCCAACCCUUCCGAAGCCAUCUCCAAGCGCUCCAGCAAGACCACCAAGCAGAAGGUGACUUUUUACUUUGCACUGCGAGGCAACGGCACUCAGACCAGCCGGCCUGUGGAUAGUCCUGGGAUUGGAACCCCUCUCCCAGAGGAACAUAGCCACCGUGCCAGCACUUGUACCAGGAAGCCCACCGCGGGCACGCACUCUCAGUUUGACUACAACACAGUGGUCUGGGUCUGAAUAUUAAUCCCAACCACAGACAUUAACAGAUUUGCACUUAACUUUCCUUUGCCAUGUUUCACAGUUCCCUCCUCCCCAACUUCAUAAGCUCGUGAGUGAUGGGAGAAAAAUUAGGCCAUUCGGCCCAUCAAGUCUACUCCGCCAUUCAAUCAUCAUUCGGCCGAUCUUUCUUUCCCUCUCAACCCCAAUCUCCUGCCUUCUCCCCACAACCCCUGACACUGGCACUGUGUACAGUUUUUUUUUUAAAUCAACGCCUUUUUUUUAUUUCAAAUGUCUGAGUGUCCCUGAUCGAAUCCUGUCAAGACUAUUUAAUGGGUUGUUGGUGGACGAAACACGUUCAGACUUUAUGCUUAUCCCUUUUGUGGAACUUCCAGAAGAUAUAUCAGUACUGUGACCCCUCAUCCAGUAACUCAGCGGUGCGGUUAUCAGAUGCCAAGUAGCUCGCGUUCCACCACUUCAGUCAAAGGGGCGUUUGGUACAAUGUCCAAUGUCCCAGCGCUAAGAUGCAAUGGGUCCUUCAUGUCCAUCUGAGUCAGAUACCCAUUUACUGCUCAUCAUGGGAUAAUGUGCUUGGCCCCAGACUUGUAAGAAUUCCAUCUUCUGAUCCUCUUCCGCAUCCCUAGAAACGUCCGACACACUGUCUCUGAGCCUAAAAACGUAUUAGUUUAGUUUAGAGACCCAGCACGGAAACAGGCCCUUUGGCCCACCAAGUCCGCACCGACCAGCGAUCCCCACCCAUUAAGAAUAUCCUACACACAUUAGGG